CCAACAGGGGGCGCCAGAGGUGCAAACUCUCAAUCCGACCGCAAGACAUGUGGCUGAGACUUUUUGAAAGCGACGUCCCGUUUUUAGCCCCGAACUGCUCCCAGGCACUGCGAUUUCUCCUCUUUCUGUCGCGGGAGGUUUAACGCUCGGAGCCGUUCAGUCGGUGGGAAGCAGCCGCGAGCGCGCUCAGCGUGGGGAUCAGGGCAGCCUGAGGCCGGACAUGACCGGAGCUGGAAGCGGUGGUCAGGGCCCUGCCGAUGGGUCAGACGGCGAGGAGGCCGAGAGAUGUCCCAUCUGCCUGGGCGCACUGGCGGGAGGCGAGCUCGCCAUGCCUGACAGCUGCUGCCAUGUCUUCUGCCUCGGUUGCCUCCUCACAUGGGCAGAGCUGCAGGCGUCUCCCUCCUGCCCCGUGGACAGAAGACCUUUCAGCAGCGUCUGCAGAUGGGACGGAAACCUCCGGCUUGUCCAGGUUCCUGUGAGGAAGUGGCCGAUUCCAGCUGAAGCUGAGAGCUGCAGAAACCCAGAGCAGAAGAUCUCUCUGAAAAACAAGCUUGCAAGAAGAUUAAGGAGGCCGAAAAGGGAGAGAACCACAGCGGCUACAACAAAAGGACUCGUGAGGAAAUGCAACGAUGAAGAGCCGUCCUCACUGAGCAGGAAGAAGGUGAGGGGAACAGAUUGCUGCUCGUGGGCGCCGGCCGUCUCCAUCACGUCAUCCUCGCAGGACAUUGCAGAUCCUGUUUGGCUGGUAGAGGACGGCCCUCAUGACACUGGAUCUGUGCAGUGCAAACCCCAGACUCUGCACUGUCCUUGGCUUUCUGCCUCAGCUGCUUCUGUCACUGCCCAUGGCUCCUCCAGGGCUAGUUUUCAUCAAACCAGUUGGAACAGCUCCCUGUUUCUGCCGGGGUUCAUCUCGCCUCCCUCCUGCUCCAGCCCAGCGCUCCACCCGAGCCACUUCAUAUUUCAAGGCGUGGUCUGUGCCGUCACGCGUCCCAAAAGUGGAGAGAAGCGAGGCGGCAGAUCCUCAACAUCCAAAGCUCCCACCAAAGAGCCGCAGUCCUUACCCUCCAGGAGAUCGGGGCGCAACAGCAAAUCUCAGGAAGAGCCUCCUUCGCCAGGCCCCGCCUCCCCGCCCCAGUCCGCACCGUCAGACUCCGACUCAUCCGGAAGUCAGCCGAGCAAGUCGGGGAAGGCCUCUCAGGUUCCAGCCAGGAGGAAAGGAAAACGGGUGACAAACCGCAAAGCCAGUGGCAAGAGGAAAGCCCCCACCGGAAAGAAAGCUGCUCCUGAGAGCCCCGCUGAAAGUGAGGAGGAGGAGGGUGGCGGCGGAGAUGAAGGCAACAGCAGCGAGGAGGAGGAGCAGGCAGAGGAAACGAAGCAGGAGCUGCAGAGGAGCGACGCUGAAGAGCAGCAGGGUGGGUUCACCUCCGCUGAGGAGCAGGGAGGUGCAGAGUCUGUACUUAGUGACACUCAGGAACAUCCAGAAGAAGGAGGUGAGGAGAACGGCUCCCAGCGCUCAAACUUGGCUCCGAACAGCCCCCUGUGCUGCUCCGAGGGCGUCCAGGAGGAGGAGGCGGCCAGCCCUGCUUCUUCUGAAGGAAAAAGCUUUGAUAAAAGGAGUCCCACGCCCCCUUCGUGCUCUCCUGAAAUAGACGAGGAGAUGUCUCCUCAGCGUGAUCCCACACCGGAGGAGGCCAAGCAGGGAGAAACAUCAGAGGGGAAGCCUGGAUCACAGCCCGCCUCCCCCUCUGCUGGGGGGUUGGAGGCAGAGGAUCAGGACCUGGAAGAGCUUCAGAACAUUGUGAAGGUUUCUGAGGACUCUGGAGGGAGCAGCUCUGAGGGAGGAGCUAAAGACAACAGCUCUGUGCUCGAGGGCGACGCCACACUCCCGAAAGACGAUGCCGCCUCCGAGGACAACACGAACGUGAUCCCUAUGGACUGCAGCUCCCCCAUGAGCGAGCACGGGAACGACUUCGUAGAGCUUCCCGCUGACUCCUCCUCCCUGCCUGCUGCAGAGCUGCAGGGCGCCAAGGAGGGCGGAGCCAAGCAGCAGGAGCAGAGGGACAGGAGCCAGGAAACCAGCAACGGCAAACGUCGCUCCCGCUUCCACUCCCCGACCUCCACUUGGUCAUCUCAGAGGGAGAGCAGGAAGUCGUCGCGCUCGCGCUCCAGAGAACGGGACGGGGGCUGGCAACCGGCCCGGUCCUCUCGGGCGCGCAGCCGGGAUGCUGACGGGGACAGGGAGCAUUCCCGGAGGGAGCGCAGUCGGGAUCGCAGCCGGGAGCGCAGUCGAGAACGCAGCCAGGAGCGCAGUCGGGAACGCAGCCGGGAGCGCAGUCGAGACCGCAGUCGGGAGCGCAGCCGCGAGCGCAGAAGGCCACGCUACAGGAGUCGGUCCCGGUCCAGAUCUCGUUCAAGAACCCAAUCCUACAGGCGAGCCCCCAGCCCUGACCGCCCGUCUUCCAGAGAUCGCUCCCCCCAGAGGAAGGAGCACAGAGGAGGGUGGAGGUCCGGCCAAGGCGGAGAGGGCCGCAGGUAUGGAGGCUCUGGGCGCGGUGAGAACGGAGUUCCUGCAGAACGUUCUCCAGACCGCUCCUCUGAGAACCCCGACUGGGUCACUGAGAGGAUCAGGGCUUCCGGCUCACAUCGGGAAGACCACCGGAGCGAAGGAGAGCCGCGAGGCCGGGGGGGUCGAGGAGGGUUCGGUCGGGGCUCAGGGUGGGGGGGCCGGAACUUUGGGGGCCAGCAGGACGACCCGGCGGAGAACCGCUGGCAUCCCAGAAACAACUCAGGAAACAAUUCAGGGAACGACGCCUACAGCCGCUUCAACGAGAACCGAGGCCGCAAAAAAGACAUGGACGCCGGAGACUCGGUGCUGGACCGCUCGGGCUGGUCCUCCGCCUCCAGCUGGGCCGUCAGGAGGACGCUGCCUGCAGACGUUCAGGACUACUACUCCAAGAAGGAGAGAGGAGGAGGAGCAGGGGGCUGGAGCCGACCGGAGGAGGAGCAGCAGCCGGCAGCAGCAGAUCCUCCUAAAAGCGACGCUGCCCCGCAUGGGAUUCCUGGGAAUGCACCUGUCCCGGUGAUGAGCAUGGUCCCCCCCCAGCCCCCGCAGCUCAGCGUCCUUCACUACCCCCUCCAGAGUCUGCAGGGGGCCCUGCCCGUCAGCCUGCAGCCCGCGGCGCCGUACGCCGUGCCCCCCCAGGUCCCCGUGCACCUUCACCCCGGAGUGCCGCUGCUGCAGGUCCCCGCCAUGGGGGCGCAGGGACUCCCGCCUCCUCCUCCACCCCCACCACCUAUACAGGCAGGGAGCCAGACAAUGACGACGACUGAUGGUCACACAACUCAGGUGGCCGCUGCUGUCGUAGGUUUUGGGAAAGCCGCUCCUCUCGCCACGCCGCCCAAAGGUGGAGCCGCGGUGACCCACGGCCACGUCCUGCCGUCCUCCACCACGCAGGCCGGCCAGCACAGCCGCGCCUGGGCGGACAGCUCAAAGAAGGAGAAGAAACAGCAGAUUCAGGAGAAAGCGAUAAACGAGGUGAAGAUGGCCAUCAAACCUUUUUACCAAAAGAAAGAAAUCACUAAGGAGGAGUACAAGGACAUCGUCCGCAAAGCAGUGGAUAAGGUGUGUCACAGCAAAAGCGGGGAAGUGAACUCUGGGAAAGUAGCCAACCUGGUGAAGGCCUACGUGGACAAAUACAAACACGCCCGCAAGAAAUGACCUGCUGGCGGGCGGCCCCGCCCCCCCCACCAUCCUGCUGCUCAAGUGCAAUUUCCUCCUGCUGGAAUUUGGCCUCCGAGCCGGAAGAGGACGGAGCGCCAGCGUUUUCUUUGAUACCUUUUACUGAAUGAAGAUUUUUUUCUAUAGAUUUUCAUAUUUUGUUAGAAAAGAAUGAGCAAUCAGAAAUUGUAA